CUUUGGACUGAGAGAAAGAAAAAAGAGAGAGAGAGAGAGAGAGAGGAAGUCAGAAACAGGGAGAACAUCAGCUCACAGUCAGAGCUCGGCAUUGAAAUCGGGGCGAGAAUUGACACGACAAGGUUGUAACUAACACGAGACUCGCAGCUUCCGUUCUGUACAACCAAGAGUCGGUCCGUUUCAUUCAAAUUAUUUUCUAGAAUCUGUAGCUUUCUCUGUGUGUGCGAGUGUGUGUGUGUGUGUUUAAGCUUCUAUUUAUUGCAAUAACAGCGCCGGACAGCCGAGGAAGCACAGAUAUAUAUAUAUACACACACACACGCUCGCUCGCAAUUGUAUCUGUAACCUUGUAGUGUCAGGCUUCCCGGUAGAAGGACAUCUCGGUGGGACUUACUGUGACCAAGGAUUCACCCUUGCAUCCAUCAAAUGUGAAGAACAUUUUGUAACCCCCUUAACUCGACUCUGAAAGGAAAUUUCUUUACAACCCCCCACCGCUGGAGUUCUUUAAAGGGGAAGGCACUCCGCUUUGGAAUCGAGACCAAGGAGUGUUCAGCUAAGCCUGUGGGACAAGGGGGAAAAAGCGGUGGCAGGAGAUUGAACAGACAGUGUCUGGGAUACGAUGGGUCUUUAAUUACGUUACGAGCAUCGAGAGUUGUAGAUUGUCUCCAGGUCCGUUACUUGAGUCUCAGUGAUGUGCUGAGCUGACUUAAUCACCUGCUGGAGCGCUUUGUGAUCGGUCUUGCUGCAGAUCGAAUACCACACUGUCAAUGGGAGUCAAGUGACCUGAUGGCCUGUUGAGGUCUUCUCCAGCGGCAUUGAAGGAGCAUGGUAAAACACCAACCACUUCAGUACUACGAGCCCCAGCUAUGCUUAUCCUUCCUCACGGGGAUCUAUGGGUGCAGGUGGAAGCGAUACCAGCGAUCACAUGACAGUACCACCAAGUGGGAGCGUCUGUGGUUCCUCAUCCUCUGCAUCACCUUCUUCCUGACCCUGGUCUGGUUCUACUUCUGGUGGGAGGUACAUAACGACUAUAAUGAGUUCAACUGGUACAUGUAUAACAGCAAAGGACACUGGAAUGAUUGGUCAGUUCCAGUAUUGGCAAUUACUUCGGCAGGAUUCACAUACGUCACAUUUUUACAGUUUUUAGCACUAUGUCACAUAGCGGUGGGGCAACAGAUGAAUCUUUACUGGCUGCACAAGGUUGGACUCAUGGUGAUCUUGGUGACCCUCCUCGUGGCCGUGGUAUCAGUCAACCAAAUGUGGAAGGAGGAAUGGGACAUUAUUCUGAUAUCAUUUCAGGCCACCGCACCCUUCCUUCAUAUCGGUGCAGUUGCUGUGGUAACGUUGCUGGCCUGGCUGGUUGCUGGGCAGUUUGCUCGCUCAGAGAGAAUAGUUUUUCAGACUUUCUUGCUGCUACUGUACCUGGGAGUCCUUGUGUCUCUGUACCUGCUGCCUUUGUUAAUCCGGUCGCCAUGCAUCAUGAACAAGGAGAAACUGGGCCGUAGACCAGAUGUCAUCGGAAAUGGAGGUGCGCCGAUGCUAGCCCCGGAGAAUACCCUGAUGUCCUUCCAGAGGGCGGUCGAACAGCAAGCGAGUGGCUUCUUUGUGAACAUCACUGUAAGUUACGAUGGGGUCCUAUUCGUGGUCCACGACACCACUCUGCGACGGACUACCAACGUGGAGGAGGUCUUUCCCGACCGGGCCUCUGACAAUGCUGCCACGUUCAACUGGACGGACCUGAGAAGUCUGAACGCAGGCCGCUGGUUCUUCCAGGAGGAUCCUUUCUGGACGGCCAGGAAGCUCUCUCAGAAGGAUAACACGGAGGCUUCGAACCAGUCGCUCUGCCGCUUGGUGGAGGUGUUGCAGUUGGCCACCCGGAAGAACAAGUCGGUGAUGCUGGACCUCUGGAGGCCCCCGGCUGGGCACCCCUUCCACUCCACCUGGAUCAACAUCACGCUGGAAGCCAUCCUGGAAUCAGGGAUCCCCCAGGAGAUGGUGAUGUGGCUCCCUGAAGAAGACAGGUGGCUGGUUCAACGACUGGCCCCGGGCUUCCAGCACUUCUCCUCCAUGAAGCAAAAUGCCACCGCGCUGCACAGCCAGGGCAUUUCCGGACUGAACCUGCGUUACAACAAGGUCGAUGCGGAUGAGAUGCGGAAAUUUGCUGCAAAGAAUAUCACCACCAACCUGUACCUCGUCAAUGAGCCGUGGCUGUUUUCGGUGCUGUGGUGUGCCGGGGUGCAGUCUGUUACGUCCGAUGCCUGCCAAAUCUUAAACAAAGUGCGGACUCCCACCUGGAUAUUGCAUCCGGAUGAGUACCUGAUGCUCUGGAUAACCACUGACAUCAUAUCAAUCACCAUCGUGGUGGGGAUCUUCAUCCUACAGAAGUGGCGUCUGGGCACCAUGAGGAGCUACAACCCUGAGCAGAUUAUGCUGAGCGCAGCAGUCCGCAGGUCCAGCCGCGAGGUCAACAUCAUGAAAGAGAAGCUGAUCUUCGCAGAGAUUAAUAAUGGGCUGGGCAGCUCGGACGAUGGCUCACUCUGCUCCGAGAGCGGUUUUGAUGGCUACAUGAACGAAACGGCUGCCUCCCCGGGCCACCAUGGAUCGAAAAGGCGCAUCAACUGAGACUGGCGCCCUGAGGGGACUCACGCUUGCCCUCUUCUCGUGACAUCCCAGUUGUCACGAGAAUCUGCCCUCCUCUUCAUCUCCACCACCGCUGAUUUACCCUCCACCCCUGAUUUACCCUCCACCCAGCCAAAUCCCCCUUCCUGGCCUGAACUCCUUCACAUCUGGAGACCCAGAAUCUCACUCUGUAAUCCACUCCAGGGACCGGGGAGUGGGGUGUGGGUGGGGGAGGUUUGUUGGUGGAAAAGAAUGCGGAAUGGGAGAUCAAGAUUUCGUGAGAGACUUUGGACAUGGCCUGCACAGAAGGAUCUGUGAAGGAGGAAGUCCCCUCUCCUCCUCUACUCCACCCCAGUGAGCUCUCCAAUCCCCUCAGACCUCAGGCUGGGGUUGUGCACAAACUGGGGCAGAGGGUGAGGAGGGCAGGGUCUGUUGUUACUGAGGCAAAAGCAGGAACCUCUCCCUAUAUGCCAUCUGGUACUUUGACCAUUCCUCGCUCCUGCUGAAAGAUCUUUGGUUGUUACUUGUGUCUCUCCUUUGGCCGGUUGUAUGUUCAGUUUACAUUCAGUGGAUGUGUUAAGGUUAUAUAUAAAUAUAUGGGAAAAAUA